AUGAUGACGAAAUUUGCAAUUAUGAACCAACACACGCAGGUCAACAGUGAAACUGAUGAUAAUCACACGCGUGACCGAUUAGAACCAACGUCAACACAAGUCGUUUCACCUCGUCGACGUCGUGCUACAACAUUGAAUUCGUUCGCUUCGUCUGUUAUUACUAAUGUUGUUAAACGACCUCGUUGGUGUUUUCGGUAUGUAGUACAUGUGCGACAUCUCGUUUCGCAUUUCUCUUCAUAUCAAUAUUUAUCGAGUAAAACAGUACUCGGCUAA